CGGCCAUUUUGUGUCCCGCUCGGCGGGGCGUCGCGGUCGUCCCGGUAAAAGAGGCGGGCCCCAGGCGCCCUCUUUGCCCCCAAGCUCGGUGCUGCGGAGUGGGGAGGGCCACUAUGGGCCGAGCCCGGGCUCCGCGGUGGGUUUGUUGGAACGGGAACAAAGGCCCCGGUGUUUCCCGAGGCCAAAGGGAGGCGGGGAGCCCGCCGCCGGCUUGACACGGGGUGGUGACAGGCGCGGGGAGCGGCCUGGGCCGGCCCCCACAGCCCUCCGCUGCUCUCUGCAGCCCUGCCAGCCUGGCAGGCCCAAGGGGGAGCGAGCCCCCGGGGAGCGAAAGGCAAGGCGAAGCUGCUCGGGGUGCUGAAUGCAGCGUACAGCCAUCGCGCCGUGUUCCCCACGCUGUCCGCGGCGGGGAGGAGAGCAAAAGCAGCCUCGGUCGCCGCUUUAGAGCUAAUAAUAGUCGGCGGCGGUUCCCUCGCUUGCAGCGUUACGUGGUGGCCUGGAGUGGGAAGCAGUGAGAUUUUAAAAGUUCAGUAAAUGCUUAAGAUUAUGAAAUUCAUGUUCAGUGUUUUCUCAAGGAGGUCUGAAGCAGAAGCGAGUCCUCACGAGAAUUUUUUUUCGAUCACCUAUGAAGCUCCUGAUUUUAAAGUUGCACUUCUGCAAUGAAGAAGAGGAGACGGCUCGCUGCAAAUCUAAACGAAAAGGUUCAUCUUGGCCAUGAGAAAGAUACUUCAGAUCAGAUUCUUGUAGUAGACUGUGCUCAAGAAAUUGUUGCAAAGUCUGCAGAAAUAGCCCCUGCAGAUCAGCUCGAAUCUUCCCAAGAAUUUUCACCAUCUUCGGAACAAAGGAAGUUACUGAGCUCCUUACAGUAUAACAAAAAUCUACUUAAAUAUCUGAAUGAUGAUAGACAGAAGCGUCCAUCAUUUUGUGAUUUGCUCAUCAUUGUAGAAGGAAAAGAAUUUAGUGCUCACAAAGUUGUAGUAGCUGUUGGGAGUAGUUAUUUUCAUGCCUGUUUGAGCAAAAAUCCAAGCACCGAUGUUGUCACACUAGAUCAUGUAACUCAUUCUGUCUUUCAGCACUUGCUUGAGUUUCUGUACACCUCUGAGUUCUUUGUGUAUAAAAAUGAAAUUCCACUGGUGCUGGAAGCAGCAAAGUUUUUGGAUAUUAUAGAUGCAGUGAAGUUACUAAAUAAUGAAAGUGUUUCUAGCGUACAGUCUGAUGUGGUAACUGAUGUACCACCAGUAGAAACACUCAAUGAACUGACUGGUAAACUGUUAAAUAGUCAUCAGUGCACUUUUUGUGGUCGAAAUUUCUGUUACAAGAAGUCCUUAGAAAAUCAUUUGGCUAGAGCCCACAGAUCCCUUUCGCUGGAAAGAAAACAUGGGUUAAAAAUGGUUGAGAAAGCAGGCUUUUCUACUAGGCGAUCUACGAGAAACCGCAAAUGUCCAGCUAAAUUUGAUAACAGUGACAGCGAAAGUGGUGAUGCAUCUGACAGCAAUUUGGAAAAAGUUAGUUCUGACAAGGAAACAUCUGAUAGAAGUGAAUUUGAAGACAGUGGAAGUGAAAGCAAUGUUGAUGAAGAAGGACAGGAGGAAGAAAUGUCAGGUGAAGAUUCAGACACUGAAGAGCAAAGUGAAAAGGAACAUGAUACUGAAGAGGGUUCUGAGACAGUUGAUUCAGUGGGAAAUAUUCCUGAAGGCUUAGCUCCAGUUGUCAUUCAGAGCGGUAGCAAAAAACUACUGCAGUGUCCCAAGUGUGACAAAAAAUUUGAUCGAAUAGGCAAAUAUGAGAGCCAUACACGUGUACACACGGGUGAGAAGCCUUUUGAAUGUGAUAUAUGUCAUCAGCGCUACUCAACAAAGUCCAACCUGACAGUGCACAGAAAGAAACACUCUAGUGAUACGGACUUCCAUAAAAAGGAACACAAAUGUCCUUACUGCAAUAAGCUGCAUGCAAGCAAGAAGACAUUAGCAAAACACGUAAAGAGAUUUCAUCCAGAGAAUGUACAAGAAUUUCUUUCUAUUAAAAAGACAAAGAGUGAAGGUUGGAAAUGUGAUAUUUGUAAGAAGUCCUUCACUCGCAGACCUCAUUUAGAAGAGCAUAUGAUCCUUCAUUCUCAGGAUAAACCCUUUAAGUGUACCUACUGUGAAGAGCACUUUAAAUCCCGCUUUGCAAGACUGAAACAUCAAGAAAAAUUCCAUCUCGGGCCUUUUCCCUGUGACAUUUGUGGCCGUCAAUUUAAUGAUACAGGAAAUCUGAAACGCCAUAUAGAAUGUACUCAUGGAGGAAAGAGAAAAUGGACGUGUUUCAUCUGUGGAAAGUCUGUUAGGGAACGAACAACUUUGAAAGAACAUCUGAGAAUUCAUAGUGGAGAGAAGCCUCAUCUCUGCAGUAUUUGUGGGCAGAGUUUUCGUCAUGGAAGCUCUUACAGACUUCAUCUAAGAGUCCACCAUGAUGACAAGAGAUAUGAAUGUGAAGAAUGUGGGAAAACAUUUAUUCGGCAUGACCAUCUGACAAAACACAAAAAAAUACACUCAGGUGAAAAAGCACAUCAGUGUGAAGAAUGCGGAAAAUGUUUUGGCCGUAGAGAUCACCUCACUGUUCACUAUAAAAGUGUUCAUCUAGGAGAAAAAGUUUGGCAGAAAUAUAAAGCAACAUUUCACCAGUGUGAAGUCUGUAAGAAAGUUUUUAAAGGGAAAUCGAGUUUGGAAAUGCAUUUUAGGACACAUUCAGGUGAGAAACCAUACAAGUGUCAAAUCUGUAAUCAGUCUUUUAGAAUUAAGAAGACAUUAACAAAACACAUGGUUAUUCAUUCAGAUGCUCGACCUUUUAAUUGCCAACACUGCAAUGCAACGUUUAAACGAAAAGACAAGCUGAAAUAUCAUAUUGAUCAUGUUCAUGGAACAAAGGCUGCAGAAGAGGCAUUGACAUCUUCUUCAGAGGAAAAGCUAGUCUCCUUACCAGUACAGUACACCUCUGAUGACAAAGUUUAUCAAACUGAGGCUAAACAGUAUGUGGAACAGUCCAAAACAUAUCAGUCUGAAGCCAAAACUUUGUUACAGAAUGUACCUACGGAAGUAUGUGUGCCAGUGACUCUGGUACCAGUUCAGAUGUCUGAUCCUCAAGCUGACCUAGUACAGCAUACGACUCAUUCACAUGGCAUUCUUCCUCCGCAGCCUGAGCAGGCAGAUUAUCAACGAGCAGCAGAUCUGUCAUUUCUAGAGAAAUAUACUCUUACUCCACAACCUGCAAAUAUUGUUCAUCCUGUAAGGCCUGAGCAAAUGUUGGAUCCUAGAGACCAGUCAUAUCUUGGAACUUUACUGGGGCUGGAUACAGCUCCUACUGUACAGAAUAUUUCAAAUAAUGAACAUUCAUGAUCAGAGCAUAACAUUCCACCUAAUUUACUGAGCCAUUAGCCAACAGAAGGCUGAUAUGGCAAUUAAGAUUUCUAUUUUAUAUUUUAUUUGGACUCAUGAGUCUUCUGCAUAGUUUUUGGAAAAACAGGUUUGUUUACAUAAUAUUUGAACAUUUAGGCACACUGAUGCAUACUGAGAGAGUGUUUCUUGUGAUUUUAAGAGUUUAUAAAAAUCUUAUAGAUGGUCUUUUAGAAAUUAUGCUCUGAAAUAUCUUUUAAGGAUGGUUGCUGAAAAAAUAUAGUUACUUAUCUGACUAUUAAUUUAAAAAAUCGUUUGCCUUUUUGUAUCUCACGAUGAGUUAAUAUUACAUGUGUAAUAGAAAUCAUACUGGAAGAAUAAGGACUAUAUCAGAUUCAUUAGAAGCGGUAAGGGUAGGCAGGGGUACAAAACACAAACUUCAAAUUAUGCUUCACAUAUGAAUUAAGAUUGAACCCUCAGGCAUUUUUGGAGGGUUUUCAAAUCUCUGGUUUUAAAGAUUCUGGAGCCACGUUAGUGGAUAUGGGAAUGAGAUAAUUCUGAAAAGCAAUUCAGUUAUUCCAUUAACACACAAAAGGGGGAACUGUAGAGAACCCCCUAAGAAUAAUUAGGCUACCUAAAUAAGGCAUCUUACUUCUUUCUUGGUCUUUAAUACUGAAUUAUAUGGGAAGAUGUAGACAAUGCUAUUGUCUAAUUUUCUACAGUUAGUCCUAUAUAAUUGUAGUAUGCAUUUUUUCUUGCUUUUUUAUACAUAUUUGUCUUCUAAAGUGUGCCCCACACUCUAACUCUGAAAGAAAUGUUACAUAACCUAUGAUCAGUCAUAAACAAUUGGCAUGGUUUAUCCUUGUUAGAGCAUAAAUUGUACUAGUGUCCCCCAAUAGUAUGCUUGUUUUCAAGCUGUCUGUGAUGAAGAAUAAAUUUAAAGGCAAUUAUUUCUAGAACAGCACUCAACCUUUAUUUAAAAAAGAAAUAAUCAGUAAUUAUAAAUCUCUUGUGAGUUGCUAACAAAAUUGAUUUUUCACUUGUACUGUUUAUAAACCGAAGUCAAGCUCUUGAGUGUUCUAUGUCUUUAGUUAUUUUUUUUAUUUACUAGAAAUAAGGUUUAAAAAUCCAUUUUGAACUACAAGUCUAGUGUAACUUACCAUGAAAUAUAAUUUAAGCUCAUCAGGCUAUUUUAAAUCUAAUUUAAAAAUUACACUUCCAUGUUUGUUUUGCGAAGAUCAUGCCAAAGAAGGUAUCUGAAGUCAUUUUAUAAUCUUUAUUAUUCCUCACAAGAAUUACAUUCUAAGGCAAAAUUUUCUCCAUUUUCCCUAGAAAUCUGCUAUUCUUAAAUUAUUAUUUUAAAGUAACUUUAAAAUGGGAAACUGGAUGUAUGUAUAUUAUUGUAACUAUUGAAUUUAUCCACUGACCUGAACACCACUGAUCUGUCAUGAAAAGCUCUUUUAUCAUCCCAGUUCUGUAAACUCUAAAUAACACUGAACGUGUUAAAUACUAUUCAUAUACUUUGUUGUUAGAUUCUUUUAAUCCUCAUCUACUUCACUGUUCAGUGGUUUGCAGGAGAGGGGCCAGAACUGUCCCAAUGUUCAUACUUUGAAGCUUGUGCCCUAUUGGAUUCUUGACACACCAAAGAUUUCUGUUAGCUGUUAAAUAGUGGCAGAGUUGUAGAAUUUUAAGUGUUACCGAUAUUUAAAUAGGACUUAGCCAAAGAAGCACAUAGAAGUCCUAAACUUUAAAAGUUCAGUUUCUGAAACAGGACUGCAUAUGUUUAACUGUUCUAUGUUUGUAUCUAUAAAGUAAAAUUUAGAGCUGUGCUUUGGGAAUGUUCAGACUGACAUGCUGUAAAUACGUCUGGUAAGAAGCUGAAUACUAGCGAUUACACAGCAAUAAUGAGGCCUUUGAAUGCCACCUUCCAAAAGGACACUAUCAAGUACUAUCCUUCCUGCUUUCGAACUCCACCUCUAUCUCAUUUCAAAAAUAAAACCGUUUCUGUCAUCUUUACACUCCAUGGCUUGAAAAUUGCUGUUUUAUGUGUAGUUUUCAAGUUAACAUGUAUGUAUCAUAUCCAUAUUACCAUGAGGACGUGAAACAUGAUUUCCAACAUCUGUAACAGUACAAUUAAAAAUAAACUCAUCAGUGGGGUCAGUGCAGUUCUCAGACUACAAAGCCUAACCCUUUGUUAUUUCUUGUCUUUUCUGUCCUACAAUAGAAGUAAGUAUUGUAGGAUUUUGAUAAAACAGUGGCUUAAGUAGUUGAUAACUACUUUUUCUUGUAAGGUCCAGUCCUUUUGCUAGGCAGUCUAGUAAAAUACUAAAACAGAAUUCAGAGCACAUUUACUUGAUAAUGUCCUUUUUAAAAUUCUUUCAUGACUGUGCCUUUUAUGUAUAUUCUGAAUAGUGGCUUUGUGUCUAGUUCAGUUGAUUAUUCAGAAAGAGUUAAGGUCAGUAUCUUCCAGAGGACUUCAUGUUUUUGGGUGCCCAACAAGAAAUAGACUUUAAAAGGACUUGUUUUUCAGAAGAAAAAAAAAGAGCUCUAAUCUUUGCUGUUUGGGUGACCAGAAUUACUAGUCAUUCCUGAAAAAAAUUACCUACUAUUUCUUUGGUGAUCUUUUAUUUGCAGAUGGCAGAUUCAUGUUUUUACCUGCUGGUCAGGCUGGAUCAUUGCCAGUUGACAAUGAAAGAAAAUAGGAAAGCUUAUGUACUAGAUACAUAGUUGUUUUUUUUUGUCUGUUUUUUGUUUUAAUAUCACAAGCCGUAAUUUAUGGCUUUGCAUCUAUUUAAAUUCAUAUAUGAGCUAAGCACAUUUUCAUGGACUGGUACUUCAUUUGGUAGGUAGAAGUAGCUAAUCUCUGCUUGACGGAGGAUGGUUCCUCUUAGGUGUACUGGCGUUGAAGGACAGAUCUGAACCUCGCAGCUGCAUGGGUCAAAACUCCUUAGGUGUCUCGUACCUCCAUUUUAAUAUGUGUGUACUCAUUCAAUAGUGCAUGUCCUGUUAACCUGGGGGGCAUUUUUACAAUAAAGGCUGUGUUGUUUUU